AGAGACUUUUAUUUUGACAGGAUGCGUCGCCGUGGUGACUGAGGAGGCAGUGGAAAAUGUAUCUGUAGCUCGCUAACUAGCUAAUUUAGGAAGGAUAGCUAACGCUGGUGAUUGUCUUUAUAUAUCUUAAACAUUUUUAUGCGUUUUUAUUCAUUAUUAGAAAACCGCGAGCUUGAUAGUAGCAGCUAUGUGCUUAUUACUGGGUGCGACCGGAGUUGGAAAGACGCUGCUGCUGAAACGGCUACAGAAGCUGUGCCAGCGGGAUGGGGCAGAUUUGGGUGAACCACCAGUUACACUGCCCACGGUUGGCACAAACCUCACAGACCUGACGCUGAGGAAAAGAAGGGUGACCGUCAGAGAGUUAGGAGGCUGCAUGGGCCCCAUCUGGCCGAGCUAUUUCAUAGACUGUACCUCUGUUAUUUUUAUGGUGGACUCUGCCAACAUCACACAGGUAUCCUCGUCCUGUAUCCAGCUGCUGUCCGUUCUCGCUGCUGAGCCACUUCAGACUGCCUCUGUGCUUGUGCUGUUUAACAAAAGGGACCUUCCAUGCACUAUGUCUCUUGGUGAAAUGAAAUCCCUUUUCAGGAUGGAUGAUAUUAUUGCUUCUGCUCCUCAGUCAAUUACAACUUUGGAGCUUAGUGCUCGCUCUGGCGAGGGCCUUCAGGAAGUGCUUACCUGGCUGGACUCAACACAACCUGACUGACCUGGGGCCUGUCUCACAAAUCAUGUUCAACUCAAACAGGGUUCCUGACAAAGUUUUAGAUUCCCAAAACCUAAGAAAUGCAAUCGCAUUUAACUCAUUUCCUGACGGGGUUAUCAACUUUGUCUGCUAGUUCACGUUGAUGUACUCAAGCUAUGAUAAAUCCUUUUGCGCAUGCAUAUGAAAACGUGAUGAGGAACAGCCAGUCAUGUGAAACAGUGGGAGGGUCAAGCGGCGUAUCUCUCAGAGAAGGAAAAAGAAUUAUAAAUAUGUAGAAAGUAAAAGUAUUUUUAACAGUAAAAUGCAAUCAUGUUGCCACUGCUGCUGUUUUAGUGCUUACUGGAGUAAUAGCUGCUUUACAUUAUUGAUAACUAAGUUUCUAUAUCUACACUUUUCACAUGAUUGACACCACAGACACAGAUAAAACAAAAAGGACCCGAAAAGAACCAAAAGGUCCAUCUCUGCCUGAAGGCUGGCCCUGAUUGGGCAGAUGUUCAGUCCAGCUGGUCAAAGAGCUGUUUAUGAUCUGAAAUCUAACUGAACCUGCUCCUAAGCAGGUUGGUGAUGUAACAAAAGAAAAAAAAAUCCACCAUCAUGAGACAGAAUAUCCAGGGUUAGAUUGAACUAAACCUGAAGUUGGCUAGUUAAACCAUGAAUCCUGAGACAGGCCCCUGAACCCAACAAGUAUGGAAAAACAAAUAAAUACUGUCAGACACUA